AUGUCGGCUCUGUUCAACUUCCAGUCGCUUUUACUAGUGAUCCUCUUGAUCAUCUGCACGUGUACUUAUCUGAGAGCAACGGCGCCUAGUCUCGUCGAUCGGAACAAGAACGGGGUCUUUGGACUCUUCUGGAAAUUCGCAAGGAUUGCGGCGAGGUCUGCAGGCGAACGGCUGUCGCCUUAUGUGGCCAUCGCGUGUGUGACGAUGGCCGGCGUAAUCGUUAUUGGUUAA